UUCAAGGGUAUUAUAGUGCAAAGCAUACGGAAAGACGAAGCGGUCCUUGCGAUCAUUGCAUAUUCUUUGGUCGUUUAAGCAUAUGGAUCGGGUUUCGAGGAGUAGCCGCUCUUCUUUGACCCAACGCAUUACACCGGAACAAGACCAAACAGCGUUACGCGCUCCAGCUGCGACUGGCUUCUGUCUUUGGGUUGUUUCCACGUGUGUUAAGAUAUUACUCUUUCCAGCAUACCGUAGUACAGAUUUUCUAGUCCAUCGGCAUUGGAAAGCCUUAACGCGAACGCUUCCACUCGAAGAAUGGUAUUUCGAUGAUCGGCAUGUGGAUACCGUGCAUACCCUCGAUUAUCCACCCGGCUUUGCCCUGUGGGAGAGCGCUUGGGCCAACCUUUACCAAGGCUUUGUAGAUUGGCUGCUUCCUUCCAUGGGAAUGUUUGAUGAUGGUGAUUCGUGCCUGCAGCUACUCGCCGAUGAAAGGAUACAGCAGGAUCCAGACGUGAUUUCGUCUACUUGUGUGGCGUACUUACGAUCGACAGUGGUUGCUAGCGAUCUACUCUUGUGGAUAGGCGCCUACGCGGUUGCCAGUGCAUGCGGUUCGGCACAAAGCAGACCGUUCUGGACCGUAUUUCUACUCAUCACUCUGCAUCCUGGAUUGCUGUGGUUGGAUCACGUGCAUUUCCAAUACAACGGUAUGCUCCUGGGAUGGUUGUUGCUUUCCGUUGGCUGCCUGAUGCACGGCAAUCAGUGCAACACCGGAAAGGGUCUGGCGUUUCACGCUUGGCACCUCGCGGCGGCAGUCUCGUUUGCGGUACUACUAGCAAUGAAGCAUUUGUAUCUGACGUUGAGUCUGUGGUACUUUGCGUAUCUAUUGCGAAGAUAUUGCUUUGUAAAGGACAAAUUUUCAUGGUUUCGGUUGACCUCUUUGGGCCUGGUGACGUUCACUACACUGCUCGCGCCUUUCCUACCCUUUUUGUGGACCGCAUACACGUCCACAUCGAUGACCAUGACCGCCCAGCUGCAUCAAAUCAUAUCCCGUCUCUUUCCGUUUAGCCGUGGGUUGGUACACGAUUAUUGGGCAGGCAAUCUUUGGGCCAUUUAUGCCACGUCCCAAAAAGUCGGAGCAGCCGUCGGAAUUACAAUUCCCACCCCGAUACCUUUACUCGUUUUUUUGCUCUUGAUCUUGGGUUUAAUACCAGGUUCCGUGUACGCCUGGAAGGCGGCAAGGUUACGAUGCAACUACUUGCUGCUACUCUCUUUAAGCUACUCUACCUGGGCUUCUUUCUUGCUGGCCUACCACGUCCACGAAAAGGCCAUUAUGACUACUCUUUUGCCGCUGACGUUAUGUCAAUUUCUAGAUGGGCUUUUUGGUGUGUGUCACUUUGUCUCGGGACCAUGA